AUCAUCAUGGGUCAAGCUCAUAAAACAUUCAAACCCAAGAUAAUGCUACAUCUUACAUUGAUUGUGUCAUAAAAGUUAAAAGCUGAUAAUAAACUCUUUUUACUUCCAACGUUGAUAGUACUAUACUUAGUAUGAUUGCUGCUUUAGGAUCAACCAUACUCUUGGAGAAAAUUUAGAAGACAUUUUUACAAUAUACUUGACACAAUGAUUUAUUUUGUGGGUGUUGAUGUUGGAACUGGCAGUGCUAGAGCAGCUUUAGUUACAUCACAAGGAAAGAUUAUAGAGUCUGCUGUCCAUCCUAUCAAAACUUUUAAUCCACAAGAUAAAUUUUAUGAACAAUCAUCGAAUGAUAUUUGGGCUUCUGUAUGUACAGUUGUUAAGGAAGUUGUUGCUAAUACUCCAAAAGAAUAUAUUAAAGGAAUUGGCUUUGAUGCAACAUGUUCAUUAGUUGCACUGGAUAGACAUGGACUGCCUAUUUCAGUUAGCCCUACAGGCAUCAAUGAUCAAAAUAUUAUCCUAUGGCUGGACCAUCGAGCUGAAGAGCAAGCAGAAUAUAUCAAUAAGUUAGGGCAUAAAAUGUUAAAAUAUGUAGGUGGGAAAAUAUCAUUAGAAAUGGAGGUGCCAAAGCUUUUGUGGCUAAAGCAGAAUUUACCAGAUACAUGGGAAAAAGCCGAUUUAUUCUUCGAUUUACCUGACUUUCUAACGUGGAAAGCGACAAAUUCCGAUUCCAGAUCAUUGUGUUCACUAGUAUGUAAAUGGAACUAUAGUGCUGGGCCAGACGGAGAUUAUCAUUGGUGUAGUGAUUUCUUUGAUAAAAUUGGAUUAUCCGACCUCAAAAACGGUAAUUGGAAAAAAAUUGGUCAAAUUGUUAAACCACCAGGACACCCAGUGGGUUCUGGAUUGACAUCAAAAGCAGCUAAGGAGUUGAAUUUGUUAGAAGGUACACCAGUGGGUACGUCAAUUAUUGAUGCUCAUGCUGGUGGACUUGGCAUGCUUGGUUGCUCAGCCCUAAAUAUUUCCUCAGAUUUUACAAGUAGAUUAGGUUUAAUAUGUGGCACCUCUACAUGUCACAUGGCUGUUAGUAAAAAUGAAAUAUUUGUUGGUGGCGUUUGGGGACCAUAUUAUGGUGCAAUGGUACCUGAUCUUUGGCUCAAUGAGGGAGGACAAAGUACUACUGGUAAAUUAAUCGAUCACGUUAUAGAUACUCAUCCAGCUAAGUCAGAGAUUCAACAAAAAUUACAAUCAAAUAUGCACGUGCAGCAGUAUCUUACUGAGCUUUUAAAAUCAAUGGCCAAUAAAAGGAAUCUUCGCGAUAUAGCUUAUCUAACAGAGGAGAUCCACGUCUGGCCUGAUUUUCACGGGAAUCGUUCUCCUCUAACCGAUCCUACACUUUGUGGAAUGAUAAGUGGACUUACUUUGUCGAAGGAUGAAGAAAACUUAGCAACCUUGUACUUAGCUACAAUGCAAUCGUUAACGUACGGCACUAAACAUAUUCUAGAAGCAUUAACGGAUGCAGGCCACAAAAUAGAGUCCUUGCUCGUGUGCGGCGGCCUGAGUCAAAAUCCAUUAUUUAUUCAAACUCAGGCAGACGUUUUAGGUCUGCCCAUGCUUUGCCCUGCAGAACGCGAAUCUGUACUUGUAGGUUCUGCUAUUCUUGGCUCUUGUGCCGCGAAAGCUUUUCCGUCGGUACACGAAGCUAUCAAAGCUAUGGGAGGCUCUGCUAAAGUUGUGCAUCCUUCAACUGAGACUUACUCUUAUCAUUGCAAGAAAUAUCGAGUAUUUAGAAAAAUGGUCGAAGAUCAAAAAAUUUAUAAAAAGUACAUGUCUGAAUAAUCCUACUGUUUUUAAUGGGUAUUGGAUUUAUUCUGUGAUUUUUAUAUGUACAUUGUUGAAG